UCCUAUGCUUGCGGAGUCCUUAGGGAAUUUACCACCUAUUCUAUGCCAAAUUGGUGAUGAAAAAUUUCGUGACGAAACAAUCCUAAUUAGUUAUAAAGCCGCAAGUCCUCGUGAAUAUCAAUUACCUUCAUAUGCAACUAAAAAUUUUGAAAAGUCUCCUUUUAAGAAUCCUACUAAAGUUAUACUUGAAGUUUAUGAUGAUAUGCCUCAUUCCUGGCACGUGUUAUCGUUUUCCAAACCUUCUAAAAUAGCAUUUGAACGUUGUGGCGAUUUUAUAAAACGUGUUACUUCUAUAGAAGAUAACAAUACUUCUAUAAUCGAUCUUGUUAAAGAAGAUGUAGUAUCUCCCUCUACUUCUAUUUCCCCAUCAUUUAUUGCAAUGAGAGUUAGUGCAAAUGGUGAGAUCAGAGAAUUGAAUGAAACUGAUCGGGAUUGUCUAAAAUGGGAUAAAAUUGGCAUAGUGCCUAAAGAAGAAUUUACAAAAAAUGGGACAAAAACAGUGACACCAAUAAUUGAAGGUACAGUUCAAGAUAUCUUAUGUGUGCAAUAUAAAUCAAUGAUUUCCCAUAGUACGAGUCAA